AUGGAAUUAUGUUAACUGCUACCAAAUUAGUUCAAUAAAAGCUUAAAUCUUUCUUCAAAAUAAAUCAUCAGAAUUGGUAAAUUAAUUCCAAACUCACCUUUUCUAAAUUUAUAGCAUCUACAUAUAAGUCAUAAUAAUAUAUCUAAUUUGGAUGGCAUUGAAUAAUUCAAAUAGUUAAAAAGUUUAUCUCUAUCAAAUAAUCAAAUUGUUGAUAUUAAUGAACUUAAAAAAGUGAAUAAGAAUCUCUAAUACUUAUCAAUACAUACUAAUCCAUUAACUGUUUAUGAUUCUCAUGAUGUGUGUUAUAAUCUAUUUCCAAAACUUAAGAGAUUAGAUGGAAUGACAGUUGAUAUGAGAAUAGUUAAAUCUCAAAGAAUUCAAGCUGAAAUAGUUUCAAGAUGGCUUAUUCCAUGGAUCUAUUAACUUAACAUUCAAAUAUUAAACAUAUAAAAAGUAUUAUCUUUAAGAAAUGCAACUAAAGAGAUUGAUUAAAAAUCACAAUUAAAAAUUGUUUCUAAUGAUCUCUUAUUAUAAAUAGAUUGGUAAUUCAUUGAUACAAUGUUAACAUUCCUCAAUUAAUUCACUCUGUCAUAUUUGUCCAAAUUACUUCAAUCAAUAGAAUAUCAUUAAGAACUUGAUUAAGCAUAAACCAAAGAAAUAAAGAAAAUACAUUAUGAAACAUUUCAAGAUGUCAUUAAAUUACAAUCUUCAAAUCAUUAUGCUGCAUUCAUUGAUUACUUAAUCCUAUUAAAUGAUGGAGAUAAAACCAAUUAUUAUAAUGUAUUCCUCAAAAUUCAGAAACCCCAAUUGCAUAUCUCUUCUGAUUUAUACCCUAAAGAUGAUGAUCUCAUUCCUCAAGAACAACCUUAAAAAAUACCUUAGACAGUACCAACAUUUCUAAAAGAUAAAAUCAAAUGUUAAGAAGUCAUCUCAAACACAUACAGAAAAUAAAGAACAAUCCCUAAUUAUGAAAAAGAGUUGUUCUUCUAAUACUUUCCAGUCUUUCCUUUCCGCCAAGAAUACAUAUAAUCAAUCCUAUAAAUUGCCACCUUAAAAUUAAAUGAACUUAAAAAUUCAGUAUCCCAAGUUGCAUAUCUAAAAUAAACUCAUAUUCAAAGUAUUCCUUAAAGUGUACGAACUCUAAGAAGGAAAUAAAAAAUAUCUUCUGAAGAACCAGCUCCUGAAAAAUUACUUUUAAAACCAUCAAAAAUUGAAAUAUCUCCCAGAGAAGAAUAGGUUAUACAUAUAGACGAAGAAAAAACAGUUACUAAAAGUUAUUCUGAUGUUAAAUUAGAAAUAUUAAGAUAAAAAAAAGCAUAGUCUUUAGCAUCAACAUUAAAAAAGAUAUUUCAAAAAAGAAUGAAAAGGUAUUUUGGUAGAAUUAAUAAUGUAGAAUAAGAAAAUACUAGAUUUUUAGAUUACCCAUAGGUUGUCUAUUUAUCAAGCUUAUUUUAUGCUAUGAAAAGAGUAUUAGAAUAAAAUAGAUAAAAAAGAUAUAGAUAAUAAAAAAAGAAAUUGAUAACUCUUGCAUUUUAAGGUUUAAAACUAUUUAAAUAUAUCAAAUAAAAAGAAUCUAAAUAAAUAAAUAGAGGAUAUUAGAUAAUUUAAAAGAUGUAUUUCAAAAGAUUAAUAGAUGGAAUUAGAUGUAUGAAACAUUUACUCUCACCUUCAUUUGAAAAACUGAAAAUUUAACCAUUUAAAUUAAUCUUAAAAUAGGCUCCUUAUUAAAAGUAUAACAAUACAAUAAAAUUCAAAAAUUAUAAUGAUGAAAAUAAUGAAAAUCUAAAAAUUUGCAGUGUUUGUACCUAUUAGUUUUGA